AUGUCUGUUGGCCUGGUAGUGAAGAAAUACUGGAACAGCAUGCUUAAACUUGGUUCCCUCUACCAGCAGAAAAAGUUAAUGCUGGAUGACCUUGCUAAACUACAAAGUGAUCUGAUGAAUUCCAAGGCAGAAGUCGAAAGGUUGAAGAAUUGUUCAUCUAUACCUACCAACUCAUCUUCCACCCCUGGAAGUAUCAAAUCUACUGCGAUGACACAAUUGCCUGUGUCUGCUACACCUACCCUUCAUUCUGCACUAAGUGGAACACCAAGAAACUGUACAACUGGUAUUGCCACAGACACUCGGAGCAUUGGCUCACAGACAGUGGAAUCAGCCUUGGUACCAUGCGAUGCCUGUGCCCGCACUCAAGCGACCCUUAAGAAGGUCAGCAAUUCCAUUAUCACCAUUUGCCAUAACCAGAAUAUUCCAUCUGCUGUGAGCAGGUUUCAGGAAGUGGUGAAGGAAACCCUUGGGGAUGGAAUAAUGACAGCAACUGAUGUGGCUUAUUGGGCCUCUGAGCAGAACAAAGACUUAGCACGAAUAAACAAACAUCUCACUGAACUCAUGAACAGCAUUAACCCACUAAAGGCUGAGCUACAAGCCACAGAAGAGCAGCAAAACAAAAUGAAGAAGAAAGUAGAUAAUUUUAAUAAAGAACUUGAAAAGGAGAAAGAGAAGCAGCUCUUGAAGAUAAAAGAGUUUAACAACCAAAUAGAGGAGAUUGAAAGGAAUAACUUUGAGACAGUAGCAAAACUUGAGAAAGAUAAAGAGACACUCAGAAAAGGAAGUGCUACAUUGGAAAAGAAGUUAUCAGCUCUGGAGGAGAAAAUCCAGGGGCAACACAAGCUCAUUAGAGAGCUUGAGGACUCUAAGCAGAGGUUGCUGGAAGAAAUGAGAACCAAAAUGGCAGAUAUAAGUGAAGUGCUGACUCUUGAGGAACAACUUAGACUAAUAAAUAAUCAGUUGGAGAGUACAAUGGAGCAGCUCAAAACGAUUAGCAAAGAACUGGAAAAAGAAAAAAUGAAAAUCAACAACAUGCUGAGACACGAAGAGUCUCUGAAAGCUAAGAUUAAAGCUCUGCUACAACAAGUUGAUGAAUUGGAUGAAGAACGUGAAGGGCUGAAUACGAAAUUAGCUGAGUCUGAAGCUGGAUUUGACCAACUCGAGGUGCAGCUGAAAACAGUCAAUGAAGAGAAAAGCAACCUACAGCGCCAACUCCAAGAACAACUGCAGCACACAGAGCAACAACAGGAAGAAAAGCAUGGUCUGGAGAAAAUCAUGUUGGAGCUAAAACAAAACCUGACCCAGCUAGAAAGCCAGGCUCAAGAAUAUAAAGAGCAGCAAAGGCUUCUAGUAACUUUCCCCGACUUAAACAUGCCAGAUGAAGCACAGUGUGAGAGUACAGGUGAUAUUGCACUGGAUAUGGAGAAACAGUUACAAGCAAACAGCAUACGUAUUAAUAUCCUGGAAGAAGAGAACUCUCGAUUGAGAAACACUCUCACAAUGCUGCAGAAAACAACACAACAAGGAGUUUUGAAGGUGAAAUUCAACAGAUAG